GUUCUCCAAAGACAGAGAGACCGAGACAUCAUCAUGCUGCUGCUCCUCUCCUUGCUUGGCCUGGCUCUGGCUGCAGCAUCUCCUCUGGAUGAGCCUGACUUCAAGCUCCAGCGUGGAGACUGUCCCAUGUUCUGGUACAGCUUCAACGGCGGCUGCUACAAGUACGUGGCAACUGCUAAGACCUGGGCCAAGGCAUCGCUCAACUGCGAGGAACAGAGGUCAGGCCUGGUGUCCAUCCACAGCAUGGAGGAGCAGAACUUUGUCACCGCUCUGAUCAGGCGCUUCGACCCCUCUGAGGGCUCAACCUGGAUUGGACUCACUGACAUCGGCAUAGAUGGAUACUGGAUUUGGAGUAAUGGCAAGCGGGUCACCUUUACCUUCUGGAGAGAUGGAGAACCGAACGGCCACGAAUAUGAAAACUGUGCUGUGACCAACUAUAAAUCUUCUCCCAGAUGGAGCGACAUCUCAUGCACUUACACUCACCCCUCCGUUUGUGCAUCUUUCCCUCACUAGUGCUGAGCUGACUGUCCAUCUCUGCCUGGUUAAAACUGUUAAAAACAAAAGUUUAAAAGCAAAAGAAGUCAUUUGAUAAACUUUUUAUGUAAAAGUUGAAUCAUUUUGUUUUAAACUCAAACACUUCUUGAUUGCCAGUAAAAUAAUAAUUUGCAAAAAAAACUCACUGUAUCUUCUCUCUCUCUGUGUUAGCCUCUACUGAACUUUCAGAAGCCUUUGUGGGUUUGAAUCAUGUCAGCAGAUUUCAUAAAACAGAUGCUAAAGUAAUAACAUUCAUGUCAUAGCUGUAAUGUUAUCUCAUUUUGUUUCUGUGUAUUUAACUCAAAGAGAAUAAUAAAAGAGGAGAAAUA